UGAUGCGCUUCUCAGAGUUGGAGAUGAAAGAGCGAGAAGGUGGCCACCCCACGACCAAAGACUCUGAGGUGCGCAAAUUCAGCCCCGCUGACUGGGAAAGGCUGAAAGGAAGUCAGGACAAAAAGCCAAAGUCGGUCGCCCUGGAGGAGGCUAUUGCCGACCAGAACGACAGUGAGAGAUGCUUCACUACUUUCAGUUCCUCAAAAACUGUCAUGCCAUUAUUAAGAAAUCAAAGCAAGCAGGAAGUUUUAAAUGACUCCAAAAAAUUGCGUGAGCCUCUACCACAUGUUAGGCCAGGAGACAGCUUCCUAGUUCGGCCCUAUAAUAUCACUCGCUCCCUUUACUUGGAAAAUUGCUAAAUGCUACUACUGGACAGACGCCCUGCUGCUAAUACAGACUGACUCUAUAAGCCCCAGCCUACUGAGCUGUCCAACUAUGAGAUGAACUGUUAUUUAUUUAUCAUUAUUAUUAUUAUUGUUAUUAUUAUCCUUAUCAUCCUCUAACAUAUUUUGAGGGCUUCCUGUGAACUGGGCCCUGCUGAAGCAUUUUGUGUGCAUUUUUAUCAUUUAAUCUGCAUGACAGCCCUAAACAGGGACUCUAUUAUUAU